UCCAUUGCAAAGAACAAUCUUCAAAGCACCACUCAAAAUGAAAUUCCUUAUCUGCUUCGCUCUCUUCAUUGCUGCUGCCAGCGCUCAUGUUGUGGCUCCCGUGACCACCUAUGCUGCUGCUGCUCCAGCUUAUACCACUUACGCCGCCGCAGCUCCUGCUUACACUACAUAUGCUGCUGCCCAUCCUGCCUAUACCACUUAUGCUGCUGCUGCUCCAGUUUAUACACGCUCCUUGUACUCUGCUCCCGCUACCUAUACUACCUAUUCGGCACCUGCUGUAGUUUCAGCACCCGCUGCUGCUGUUGUUGCUGCCCCAGCUGUCCCCGCUGUCUACACCACUUUGUUGAAGAAGAACUAUGAGAAUUUUGUCAACAGCUAUCAGUUCAUUACGCUCCAUUGCAAAGAACAAUCUUCAACAACCUCUAUUCAAAAUGAAACUAGCGCUCAUGUUGUUGCCCCGGUAACUACUUAUGCUGCUGCAGCCCCAGCUUAUACCACUUAUGCUGCUGCCCAUCCAGCAUAUACCACUUAUGCCGCUGCUGCUCCUGCCUAUACCACCUAUGCUGCUGCUCAUCCCGCCUACACUACAUAUGCUGCUGCUGCUCCAGUUUACACUCGGUCCGUGUAUUCGGCUCCCGCUGCCUAUACCACCUACUCUGCUCCAGCUGUAGUUUCAGCUCCUGCUGCUGCUACCGUUGUUGCUGCCCCAGCUGCUCCCGCUUUCCUCGUCUGCUUGGCCCUCUUCAUUGCUGCUGCUAGCGCACAUGUUGUAGCUCCUGCCUACACCACAUAUGCUGCUGCCCCAGCUUACACCACUUAUGCUGCUGCCGCCCCUGCAUAUACUGCUUACGCUGCUCCAGCUUAUACCAGCUAUGCCGCUGCUGCUCCCGUGUACACCCGUUCAUUGUACUCUGCUCCCGCAGCCUAUACCACCUAUUCUGCCCCAGCUGUAGUUGCAGCUCCUGCUGCCGCUGCUGUUGUUGCUGCCCCAGCUGCUCCCGCUGUCUACACCACUUUGUUGAAGAAGAAGUAAAGUUCUUUGAAAUUGGA